AUGUCUGCCACUUUAUUGAAGAACGUCGCCUCUCGUCGUACCAUCUACGCCCUAAAAAAUGAAUUGCCAGCUGGCGUCACUUUGAAGGAAGUCCAAGAAACUGUUCAAGCCAUCAUCAAGGAUACUCCAACUGCUUUCAACUCCCAAGUCAACCGUGCUGUUAUCUUAACUGGUGCCACUCACAAGAAGGUUUGGGACCAAGUUGUCAAGAGCAUUGACGCUGAAGAUGGUAAGAAGAGACCAGCCUCUGUCAGAGACGAAGCUUACGGUUCCAUCAUUUUCUUUACUGACGAUAAAGUCACUGAAAAAUUACAAGGUGAUUUCCCAGCUUGGGCCGCUGCCUUCCCACAAUUUGCUGACCAUUCUUCUGGUGCUGCUCAAAUUACCUCUUGGACUGCUUUGGAAACUUUGGGUCUAGGUGGUCAUUUACAACAUUACAAUGGUUACGUCAAGGCAGCUUUGCCAGAUAAGAUCCCUGCCUCUUGGAACGUUGCCGCUCAAUUGUGUUUCGGUGCCCCAGUUGAAAAGCCAGGUGCCAAGGAAUACAUUGACAACCCAGUUCAAAUCUUCGAUUAA